AUGCCGAGGUCGUUAUCUCCUCAGCUCUCAACGGCGCUGGGGGAACCCCUACGUUGGCAUUUCCCUGAUCCUACCUACCAUCCUACCAGUCAACUUGAUUGCAAGGAGCUCCGGUAUCCGACCUCCGAGGGUACGAAUCGUCACCUAACAUACCCAUACCUCUUCGUCCUCAGGCAUGUCGAAGGCGACAUAUACACACUGACCACCAAUGGGAUGCAAGUUAUCGAACUGGAAGGCAAGGUAUUUGCUGUGGUGGAGGGACGCGCACAAGAGUGGGUGAUUAGAUACAGAGAACUUCAAGAUGCCUAUACGAUUGUCAAGAGGCUCGAUGAACCCGGAGAAAUUGGGUGGAUCGCUCCGACCGAUGAUAAAAGCCCGCAGAUCAGCGUCGGACCCCUCCAGCAGACUCCGACAGCUCCACCUGGCUACCUCGAGACGGAGUUGUAUAGGUUCAAAUUUCCCAGCGAGUGAACGAGGGAUGGUAGAGUCAGAGCCACGUAUUGAACACGUGUGUCAGUGUAAGAAAGCACAAAGUAUCGGGUGGACGUCUGUAAAUGUUCAGCUGGUGUUGCAUACGGAUGAAUUGAAAU